ACAGCAGACACACAGUUCUCUAUGUCUGUCUUUUCGCUGCUAACACUUCUUUGGUGUUGCAUCGCAAUCUGAUGCACAGAAAAAAAGUAUUUUUUGUACACGAAAAUAAGCUUGAUUUAUGUCUUAAUCUCUGAAAAAAAGAAUGUGGGUAUAAAAACGCAAGUUUAUUUUGACAUAUCUCACUUGUAUUCAAAAUGAUAAAGCGUCGAAACUCUUUGAGAAGGAAAGAGUUUAAAACACUUCAUGAUGCUUGAUGAUCUUUAAGACAAAUAGACAGGUGGUCUAAUAAAUAUGUUAAGCACUGUAUGUUUAACAGCAUAUAACUCAACAAGGACAACCUUACUUGGCAAACGCAUGCGUUGAGUUGCUAGUGUAAAACAUGUCAUUUAAACCCCAGAAAUUGGGUUACUGAUGCUUUUUUCUCCCUCACUUCCUAUCUUCGAGCCACGAGCAUGGGUAUAAAAUGUUGAAUGAGGCGGGUGGCCUCAGUGGCCUCCCCGGGGGCUUUUUUUUCCUCACUCUUUCGCUUCAUUCAUGCCACGUGACCCCGCGUGAGGCCAUUGAGUUCAUAUGGAGUGCUGCAGUGAGCACAGGCUUGGCCGCCCGCCCACUUUUUUUAACUCUCUCUUUUUCUUCUGCAGCAUGGCGGCUUUUGGGAGGGGCUGGGCUCGGAGACGAGCUGCAGUGGCAGCACCGGAGGCUGACAGUGUAUCCGACACACAUGAUACUUGCCUGGUGUGUGUGUGUGUGUGUGUUUGAGAGGGUGCUUGUGUGGGACAGACAGACAGAUCGAAGACCGCCCGUCCUGCUGAAUGUCCAGACUGAAGACAUCACCCUGAAGACAACAUGAGUGAAGUUCUCAUCGUGAAAGAGGGAUGGCUGCAUAAGCGAGGAGAAUACAUUAAAACAUGGAGGCCGAGAUAUUUUUUGCUCAAGAGUGAUGGAACAUUUAUUGGGUACAAGGAGCGGCCGCAAGAUGUUGACCAGCUGGAAACUCCGCUCAAUAACUUUUCAGUGGCCCAAUGUCAGCUGAUGAAGACAGAGAGGCCAAAGCCAAACACUUUCAUCAUUCGGUGCCUACAGUGGACUACUGUUAUUGAACGCACCUUUCAUGUAGAGACCCCAGAGGAGAGAGAGGAAUGGACAAAGGCCAUCCAGGCUGUGGCAGAUAGUCUACAGAAGCAGGAAGAAGAGAGAAUGGACUCUUCAACUGAUCCAAUGGACAUGUACCUGUCCAAACCUCGACUAAAAGUGACAAUGCAUGACUUUGAAUACCUCAAACUCUUGGGCAAGGGCACUUUUGGAAAGGUCAUAUUGGUGAAGGAGAAAGCCACAGGAAAAUACUACGCCAUGAAAAUCCUCAAGAAGGAGGUGAUAGUAGCAAAAGAUGAAGUAGCACACACACUUACCGAAAACCGGGUCCUUCAGAAUUCCAAACACCCUUUCUUAACAGGUCUGAAGUACUCUUUCCAAACUCAUGACCGGUUAUGUUUUGUUAUGGAGUAUGCAAAUGGAGGAGAGCUUUUCUUCCAUUUAUCACGAGAUCGAGUAUUUUCUGAAGAGCGAGCGCGGUUUUAUGGUGCAGAGAUCGUCUCAGCCCUAGACUACCUCCAUUCUGAGAAAAAUGUAGUUUACAGAGACUUAAAGCUGGAGAACCUAAUGCUGGAUAAGGAUGGCCACAUAAAGAUCACUGAUUUUGGUCUGUGUAAGGAGGGAAUUACAGAUGGAGCUACAAUGAAGACGUUCUGUGGUACGCCAGAGUAUCUUGCUCCAGAGGUUCUUGAGGACAAUGAUUACGGUCGGGCCGUGGAUUGGUGGGGACUGGGUGUGGUCAUGUAUGAGAUGAUGUGCGGCAGGCUGCCUUUCUAUAACCAGGAUCAUGAGAAGCUCUUCGAGUUGAUCCUCAUGGAGGAGAUCCGCUUUCCCCGCACACUUGGGCCCGAGGCAAAAUCUUUGCUGUCAGGCCUGCUUCAGAAGGACCCAAAACAGCGGUUAGGCGGAGGGCCAGAGGAUGCAAAAGAAAUAAUGCUGCAUAAGUUUUUUGAAGGCAUCGAGUGGAAAGAUGUUUAUGAGAAGAAGCUUGUUCCACCCUUUAAGCCCCAGGUAACCUCAGAAACGGACACUCGUUAUUUUGAUGUGGAGUUCACAGGACAGACCAUCACCAUCACACCCCCAGGCCAAGGUGGUGUAGGUUGUUGCUGCAACUCUUCCUAUAAUCGAGAUGACAACAUGGAGUCUUUUGACAGUGAUAGGAGACCUCAUUUCCCACAGUUCUCAUACUCUGCCAGUGGCACAGCUUAAAAAGUCCAAAACAAAAUGUAUGCACAUCCAUACAUUUUUUUUAACAGUUACCACCUUUCCCAGACUGGAUUUAUAGUUUUACGAGUCCAACAUAAUCUUGAUUCAGUCACGAUUUUAAAGUCUAAUUUGCUCUAAUCAUGCAUAAAUUGGGUCAUUUCACUGUAGAAACACAUGGAUAUUUAUCAUUUUAUUAUACAAACUUUCCUUUUUUAAGUUGUCCUCUUUAAUGUGGAUUACAUUUAGGCAUUUAGCAGACGCUUUUAUCCAAAGCGACUUACAAAGAUUAGGAAACGAUUUGUCAAAUGGAGGCAAUAAUACAAGAAGUGCUUGCAAGUUACUAGGUUUUCCAAUCCCGAAAAAUACCCGUUACGAAUGUCAGACAUUUAAAACGUUUAAAACUUUAUUUUCUAAAACAACAAUUUGGUACAUUUCUGAAACCAGUAUAUAUUCCUGUGAUCUGUGUAGAUAACUCCUAAAAUACACUACUGUGUAAUGGCAACAGUAAGUAAAAAUUAUUAGUUUAUGAUGUAGUCCUUAAAGCAGUGUUCUUCACUCCCAACCCUGGAGAGCCGGUGUGUUCGAUUAAGGUUGGAGCUAAACUCUGCAGGGCACCGGCCCUCCAGGGUUGGAAGUGAAGAACACUGCCUUAAAGGGAUAGUUCACCCAAAAAUGACAAUUCUGUCAUCAUUUCCUUACUCUCGUGUUGUU